AUGCCACUCGAAUUCAUCAACAACGAGAGCCUCCUUGACGAUAGCGUGCGUAAACGGAUUCGCCGACAUGCGGCCUUGGGGAGAAACAAGGGAAAACGGUUGGAUCGCACGUCGAGAAAGACGUCCUUCAUGACCUCGUCUUUGCUCUGCAAGCCGGCGACCGUACCAGGAGCCACAGAUGUGUCCGAAAAUGUCUGUGUCAUCGAGCGGCCUAUUUCUGACGGCUUGAUUCUCCCAGUCUUGCAAGCUGGGGAAUCUAAAGUACGCGUCAAGGAAGUUAUCGCAUUCAUGUCUAGUACACAGCUCUCCCCUGCUCUGAGCAGUGGCCUCGACUACACCGGCCUUGGAAGCCCCCUUUGUGUACAAUAUAUGCUUAGCGACGAAGCCUGUUUUCACUCUACAAUGGCUACGGGUACCGUAAGCCUCAACCACUUCGUGAGCAAGCCGGAUGGCGCAUCGCAGGCAAUGCAACACAUGUCAAAGGCCUUCCGCCUGGUGAAUCAGAAGUUGGCUAGCCAGAACGCGACUUCCGACUUGACCAUCGCGGCGAUAGUCAGCAUGGCGCAGUAUGAACAGCUAUGGAAUCGAUAUCGGGAAGGGUCUGUCCAUGUACAGGGUUUGCGCCGGAUAGUUCAGCUGCGUGGCGGGCUGGUGCGACAGCUUAUGACGAGCCCAUCACAUCUAGUGCAGAAAAUACUUCGUGUUGACCUCGACUACUCCUUACAAUUGGGUUCACCAACUAUGUUUACAGUCGAUGAGGCCAAGCUGGUUUGCGAUGUCGAAACUCGAUUUCCUAGUUCACACUUGCGAGAGGAGGGUGAAGCGGACACCCUUUUUCUGGGCCAGUACGGUGGAGCUCAGGCCUCUGUAUUUGUGCCAUGGGGUCAGUCGGAAUCAUAA